AUGGAAAGGUUCACUCAGUUUCGCGAUCGAGGGUCGGGUAUCGCCCCCUUUCUCCCCGUUCCCUCUGAACCCCUCAGUUUUCAGCUGCCGUUCCGCGUCUUUCUCUUCUUCCUCCGCCUCCCGUUCUUCGUCUUCGUCUGUUUAAGCUACUUCCUCGUCCUACAAUGGCUUCCGAUCGGAUCUCUUGGGAAGAAAGCAUCUCUGUGGUGUAUUCUCGGCGUCCCGAGUAUCUGGUGGAUUGACUUGCAGGUGGACGGUGUGCGAAAAGGAUCCCUGUCCAAACAACAUCAAGCGCGUCUUCCAGGUGGCGGAUCUGUCAUCGCCUCCUCGUUCACCUCGCCCAUCGAUGCUGUCUAUCUGGCCGCUAUCUUCGACCCCAUCUUCACCGCCUCGUAUCCCAACUCCCGCCAGGUCGAACACAUCUCGCUUCUGCAGGCGAUCCUGCGCGCAUUCGCUGCCCCCCGACCGACACCUCCCCCAGGCACGAAGCUCGUCGAUAUCGCGACUCUUGUGCAAAAAUACUCCGGCCGACCGAUCGUCACUUUCCCCGAGUGCACGACGACCAAUGGUCGGGGAAUCCUGCCCGUCAGUCUGGGGCUGUUGAGCGCCCCGUCCGCCACUAAGAUCUUCCCCGUCAGUUUACGGUACACCCCCUCGGACGUGGUAACUCCAGUGCCUGGAUGUUAUCUGAGUUUUUUGUGGAAACUUCUGAGCAAGCCGACGCAUUGCAUCCGAGUUCGGAUCGCGGAGGGGGUCAAGGUCGGGGAGGACUCCGCUUCGGCUUCGGGGCGCAAAUCCACCUACGACGCCAACUACCUGGAUACCCUGGACCAGAAGAAUGGUGGUUCCGAGGAAGCUGGGAUAACCGGCAGCGAGCAGGCGUUGCUGGAUCACGUCGCCGACUCGAUGGCUCGUCUGGGACGCGUCAAGCGCGUUGGAUUGGGAGUGCACGAGAAGAAGGAUUUCGUGCGAAUGUGGACGAGAACUCGCCGGACGUGGUGA